UGUUGUUGUCAUGAGGAUGGUGUUCAUGUGAUCAGCUGAUUCUGUUUAAACGCGAUCAGAUGUUUCUUCAGUCUGAACUCGACACUCGAGCAAUGGAGCGUAAACUGGAUCUGACUCGUCUGACGGAUGAAGAGGCCAAACACGUGUGGGAGGUGAUUCAACGAGACUUCAACCUCCGCAAGAAAGAAGAGGACCGACUCGGCGAGCUGAAGACUCGUAUCGAAAAGGAGGACUCGAAGCGGGAGCUGCUUGGUGCUCAGACUCCGCUGUCAGAGUCUCACUGUAUCCGCUGCCUGCAGCCCUUCAAGUUCCUGCUGAACAGCAAACGUCAGUGUUUGGACUGUCACAUGUUCACCUGUAAGGCCUGCAGCCGCUACAACAAGAAGGAGCACGGCUGGGUUUGUGACAACUGUCGCAUGACCAGGGUGCUAAAGAUCGGCACAGUGGGCUGGUACCAUGACAACAUCAGGAACCGCUUCAAACGCUUCGGCAGCGCCAAAGUGAUGAGAUCACUAUACAAGAGGCUGAACGGAGACGGUGGGCGAGAUGAUGACACUCAGAGCAUGCCGGACGUUCGCACCUACAUGAACAACGGUACAGAGGACGAGCGUGCAGAGGACGAGGCUCAGCGCUACAAAGUGAUGAGGAAGAGUAAACGUCUGUUGUCAGUUCAUCCUCUCGACUUUGACCCCGAAGAUUACUUCCCUUACUCACGCCGACCAUCUGUACAGCAGAUGCAGGACGAGCGUGGCUACAGGAACGACAUGGACGACUCAUAUAACCACCGAGUCAACCGCAGGAAGAGUGUGGAUAGAUACAACAUGAGACCUGAGGACGUUGGGGACAGCAGGAUGGUGCGUACUCGUUCUCUCUCUAAGAUCAGCUCCUCGGUUGCUAGGCAACAGUACGUUGACACCUCAGAUGAGGACGAUUACCCUCGACAGCCCCCCCACUGGCGCAGGAACAGCAGAACAUCAUCACAGGAGAACCUGGGACAGGGUCAGCCUAUGAACGAGCUGAACAAACGAAUGUUCGCCAUCGAGAGUCUGCUGAGUCGUCUGGAAGAGAAAAUGACGCCUGCAGACGAGAUGUCAGCUCACACUGAGGAGGAGAAGCUGAGGAGGAAGCUGAGCGAGCUGGCGGGGAACCUGAGCGAUAAAGGGGGGCUGUCGUCGGACGACGAGGCCAACAGGAAGCCCUCCAUUCUGGGCAGAGGUCGGGCCGGAGUUAAGGGGGGCCCGGGGGUCUCUGUGAAGGACAAAAGACUGAGCUCAUCCAGCGACGAGGCGCCCACCGAGGCUCAGAAGAGAUCGACGGCCGCCGCCCUCUGUGACCUCACCACCGAGGUCCUGAGGACCAUAAACGCCACAGAGAAUGCCAUGGUGGAGUUCGGCCACUCAGAUCCCCCACACAGACCCUCGUUAGCCAGCUCUGAUGUAAAGCAGGCAGAUGAUGCGUUCAGGGAACUUGAGGAAAAUGUGUACAUUGCAGCAGGUCAGUCAUUCGAGAUCGAGUCGAAGUUGCGGCGGUUGGAACAAAGCGCCAAGAAUCAUUUUGGAGGGGCGACAGACUCGGAGCUGUCGGAGCUGGAGGACGUGGUGGCCCUUACUGCCGCCAGGGUCCAGAGUGCCGAGAGCGAGGUGUCUGACAUUGAAACUAAGAUCGCUGCUCUGAACGCUGUCGGCUCCAAGAAAAAAGUUUCAGGAUCUCACCAGAAGAAGAAGUCUUCCCAGGCGUCCAAAUCAAGUAAUGGAGCUCCGCGGAAAUCCAACAACAUGUUCUGAAAACAAACAAACAAACAAACAAACAAAGGUGUUUAUUCUUUAUUCUAACAAAGUCUUUGUGUUGUCUGUUAUUAAUAUUUUCAGUCUUUACACUGUAAAAAAUAACAAGUUAAGUUUGAACAUAUUUUCUGUUAAACUCAGAAACAAAAGAAAUAUUUUAAUCUUUUUACUCCCACUAACUGUAAACAAAUAAACAGGAAGUGACUUUAACAUGUUUACAGUACAAGUUUGUUUCUAUUUGGACCAACCACAACACAGAUAGAUGAUGAGGACCAAUCACAACACAGAUAGAUGAUGAGGACCAAUCAAAACACAGAUAGAUAAUGAGGACCAAUCACAACACAGAUAGAUGAUGAGGACCAAUCAAAACACAGAUAGAUAAUGAGGACCAAUCACAACACAGAUAGAUAAUGAGGACCAAUCACAACACAGAUAGAUGUUGAUGUAGAGCUUCUCUCAGUUUUUAGAGGACCCCCCCCCCCCCCAUCUUGACUUUGUGUUAAAAAGUGGAGGAUUCAAAUUUCUGCUUUUAUUGUGAAAUGUGUCACAGGAA